AUGCAGGUGACAAGGAUGCGCCAGCUACAGCCGAUUGGGCCUGGACCCUAUGAGUUGCAUGUGCAGUACAUGAGCUGUGAGGGCCAGGACGAACGCGAAAUUGCUGGACCAGCAUGGCAGUUGGUAGUGCCUGUGCUCAGUGUUCAGGGCCAACAUCUUCCAGCACGCUCGGUGACCCAACUCACGGUUUUAUCUCGCCUUGCCGGUCCCAUCGAGCGCUGGCGUGAAACACUUUUGCCACAGGCAUCCAUGGGCUACAACAUGGUCCACUUCACCCCAAUACAGCCGCCAGGUUGGCAGCAUGGCGAUGCCACAGAUGCCACAGAUGCCACAGACUUGACGACAGUGACCGAGGGAUCUGCGCCAGGUGAGAGUGGGAGCUGCUAUGCGCUGGAUGAUCAGGCAGAUAUUGACCCUAGCCUCAUGGAGUCCCCGCCAUCCGACAAAGAGGGCAGGUGGAAAGUGGUUCAGCAGUCAGUGGAGAGCUUGGAAAAUGCGGGUCUUCUGUCAGCCAUGGACAUCGUAUUGAACCACUGUGCAGGAAGUGCACCUUGGCUUUUGGAAGAGCCAGAUUCUGCCUACAACGUGAAAAAUUGCCCACAUUUGGCAGCAGCUGCUGAGCUUGAUCUAAAAUUGGCUUGGUUCUCAAAUGAGUUGAAGAAGGGCAACUUUGGCGGUCCAAACAUUCAGAACCAUGGAGACCUUGAGCGCGUUCUUGGAGGAAUUAGCCAGCACGUUUUGGGUGCGCUCAACCUGCGCGAAUAUUUUCGUGUGAACGAAGCGCUGUCCAUUGAAGCCUGGAAGACCAGCGAAGCCACUGAAUCCAGGACAUCGCAGCAAGACACCUAUGAGCUCCUAAAGAACAGCUUGCUGCCAUCUCUUGGAGCCAAUCGCUCCGGCGCUGUCAUUCCUGGAGAGGUCUCCAAGCAGCUGUGCCCAAACAUCGAUGCGUUGAAAGCUCACAUGUCGAGACUCCAGUCUGACUUAGUUGCUCACUUCAAUGGUAUUGAGCAGGACAUUCUUCAGUCUUUGCGUGGAAGUAUCCACGAGAGACUGGUGCAGAAGAAAGGGCCAGUGGGAGAUGGAAAUUCCGCUUUGGUUGAGCCUUACUUCCGGCGUUUGCAGCUAACAUCAGCUGCCGUCGAACGUUUGGGCUACGAUGAGGAAAUUGUUGCGCACAAUGGAUGGGUCAUGGAUUGGCCUGCAACUGAGGACUUUGCAGCCCCUUCAUGGCGAAUGGUGUACCUGAGGCGUCACCUAUGUGUUUGGACGGAUACGGUGAAGCUGCGCUAUGGUGACAGCGAAGCUGACGCUCCAUUUGUAUGGAAACAUAUGACCGACUAUGCGGUCAGUAUGGCGAAGAUCUUCCAUGCAAUCCGCUUGGACAAUGCACAUUCAACACCUUUGCAUGUGAGUCGGCAUGUUCUAGCUCGAGUUCGCGAGGUGAAUCCUCAUUGUUGGGUGUUUGCUGAAUUGUUCACAGGGAACUUCGAGACAGACCUGCUGUACCAGAGGACUUUGGGGAUCAAUGCUUUAAUCCGUGAGGCAAUGCAAUGUGACAGCCCAGCUGAUUUAGGAAACAAGCUUCAAAGCCCAAUUUGGAAUGGCCAUCCAGUUGGAGCACUCUCUCCCAUCCCCACCCUAGACCGUGUACCGCCCGCUCAAAAGACGCACCAGAAACACCUUAGCAAAUGCCCGUCAAGAACCUUGUUGGCAGCACCGGCGCGCGAAGCAGUGCCCUUGUUGCCCCGGCAUUGCCCCGCUCUUCUCUUCGAUUGCACCCAUGACAACCAGACGCCUGCGCAAAAGAGGCAUCCCCGGGAUGCGCUUCCCAAUGCAGCUUUGGUGGCAGCAAGCUGUGCCAGUGCCGGGAGUGUGCGAGGCUAUGAUGAGCUCUUCCCAAUCAAUCCUUCAGUGGUGUCAGAGCGAAGACAUUAUCAGAAAGCGCCUGAAGUUGAGGAGCUGAAGUUGGGUGGCUUCGGAUCUACAACAAAAGAUGUGCAGCCCGAAGAAACCGAGACCGAGAAAGAGUUUGAGAUCACUUGGCAUAGGAACGCCGCCAAAGUUGUAGCACGUGGUGCUUGGGAUGGUUGGAGUGCAGACCUGAACUUCACUCAAGCUUCAGAUGGUGUUUGGACUGCCAAGCUGAAGGCGGAAAUUAGCCGGCUACCUUUGCAGUACAAAUUCAUCGUGGAUGAGCAAUGGACCAUCAAUGAGCAGCUUCCGCUGGCCCAGGAUGAGCAUGGAAACCGUAACAACGUGCUCAGCAUGCCAGGCAUUGCGCCAGGCAUUGCGCCAAACAGUGGCUCGAUGUCAGGACCCGAUGCUCUGAUCAACAAAUUGCCAGGAAUUUUGACAGUGAAGCAGGUAUUGAACAAGUUGCAUUCGCAACUUGGAAAAGAUGGCUACACUGAAAUCCGCGUUCAAUUCCUUGCAGAUGAUACCCUUGCAGUCGAAAGGCGGUCCCCGGACAAUUCCCAUUCAGUGUGGUUCGUGGUUCGUUCGGCUUUCUGGAGAGAUCGCAUGGGUGAUAGCCUUGAUGCAAAUGUGUUGGAACUUGAUGGUAUCCUUUCACACCUUCACAUUGCAGCCACUCUGUUUGUGGGGGAUAAGCAUGAAAACGGCUACUGCCAGAAUCAGCAGUGUCUCUCUGGCCUGGAGUGCUUUCUGCAUGUUUACGGCUCCAUGCAAGAAGUUGCUCACACUUGGACGGAGGGUGGGAAUUCCAAGGUUCGACUGACCAGGUUUCCACCUGGUAGUGUGUUGGUGUUCAGUACAGAUGCAUCCAAGGCUCAGCAAAGACAUUCAGCAGUGAUGAAGCUCCUAGCAGCUGAAGAGAUUUACAGUCCACUUUUUGGCCUAGAGCUGCAUCAGCUGAAUUACCUGCUUUACUCUUGUGAGUCUGAGGAAAGGGAUCGUUCCAAUGGCAAACGUGGCACCUAUGGGGUUCCAGGUUCAGGGCCUUUGGCGUAUUGCGGUCUGAUGGGUGUUUGUGCUGCUCUGGAUGAGGCACGGUGCAAAUUUACCGAGGACCAGUUGUUGAAUGCACCAAUUGCCAACAAUCUUCGUGCAGGUGAUUGGCUUAUCCAGUGCUUGGUGGAUCGUUUGGUGGAUAUGCCAGGUUUGGAACAGGUCGGAGAUUGGCUGCGAAGGGCAGCUCAAAUCCUGGCAGGGUGCCCAAGAACCCUGGCUCCUUUUUACUUCGAUCUUUUAGUGCCAGGGUUAUGUGCUGCGGCCAGCAACUGUCUCUUGGAAGGUUCUUCAGAUUUCAUUGCAGUGUCCAGCUACAGUUCUGAUCUGAUACGCAACUUGGCUUUGGCCACUGCUCAAUUCUGGGGAGCGACAAAGUCAGCGCCCUUGCAUUGGGAUCGUGCUCAGACAGAAGGGUGGCAUAAACUCCCAUCUCUCUGUGCUGGCCUGCCACACUUCUCGGCCGGAUUCAUGCGGAACUGGGGACGUGACACCUUCAUCUCCCUCCGAGGUUGCCUUCUUGUGACUGGACAUUUCCAAGAGGCCCGGGACACGCUCCUUGUGUAUGCGAAUGUUGUUCGGCAUGGACUGUGUCCAAACUUGUUGGAUGCAGCAAAUCGACCGCGCUACAAUGCCCGUGAUGCGACCUGGUUUUUUAUGCAAGCCAUUCAGGACUAUGUGGCAGAAUCUCCCGAGGGUGAGGAAUUUUUGUCAGCACCAGUGAGCUUGAAGUGGCCUGUGAAAGACUGGGAUGCGGAAUUGUCGGAUUUGGAGCCGCAGACCAUUUCUGAUUUGAUUCAUUUGAUUUUCUCAGCGCAUGCCAAGGGGAUCAAGUUCCGUGAGUGGGGUGCUGGCCGCGGUCCGGAUGCUGGCAAGGGUAUCGAUGAUGACAUGAGCGAGAGAGGCUUUGAUGUGAGUGUGAGCUUGGAUGAGACGUCGGGCAUAAUCUAUGGUGGCAGUGAGCACAACUGUGGUACUUGGAUGGAUAAGAUGGGAUCAUCAGCAAAAGCUGGAAACAAAGGCAAACCAGCCACUCCAAGGGAUGGUGCAGCUGUGGAAAUCAUAGGUUUGUUGAAGUCUUCUCUGCGAUGGGUGUGCGAGCUCAACAAGGAAAUCUUCAAAUACGGUGCCGUGAAGACAUCCUCAGGACAACAUCUUGAAUACAGUGAGUGGAACCAACGCCUUCAAGCAAACUUUGAGCGAUUGUUUUGGAUAGAUCCUGAUGAGAAGGGAGGUGCAUCAUGCGCAGGAAUCUACAGAGAUACGGUGGGAGCUAGCAGGAAAUGGCAAGACACACAGCUGCGGCCCAAUUUCUGCAUCGCAAUGUCAGUUGCACCGGAGCUCUUUGCGCCAGAGCGUGCCCAGGCUGCCCUGUCCACAGUGGCCAGUCGUCUCAUUGGACCGUUGGGUAUUUGCACCCUGGAUCCAACAGACAAAGAGUACCGCGGCGACUACCACAAUGACAACGACUCCGCAGACACAGCAAUUGCACAUGGCUGGAACUAUCACCAGGGGCCUGAGUGGGUUUGGCCAUUGGGUUUCUUUUUGGAGGCCUGGCACCACUUCGGAAGCAAUGGUGAGGCCGAUGCAGCAAGACAGGCCAUGCGCUGGCUGAUGGAGCAUCGGUCCAUGUUGCGCGAAGCUCCAUGGAGAUCGUUGCCGGAGUUGACCAACAGCAAAGGACAGCAUUGUCACCACUCUUGUCCGGCUCAGGCAUGGAGUCUGGGCACGCUCCUAGCUGCGCUGCGAGUCAUGAACCGGUGA